AUGGCUGGCCUGGACGAUGCGCAGGCGGUCGAGACCCGAUCGCGGCGAAAGGGCAGAGCGUCCCGGGCCAGUAGUGACGUUGAGGAGGUGCAGGCGAUCACGCCGACUACAGAGGACCAGCCUAUGGCUGAAGAGCCAGAGGACCGAACAGAGGACUACACGGAUGACGACGAGUCCGUUGACGAUGAUGCUGUGUAUGAACCUGGAUCCGAUACUUUCGGCGAAGAUGAUGGAUGGGAGGAUGUCAACCGUGCAGAGGAGACUCGAGAAGUGCGGCUGCAGAUAUGCAGCGCCAACGCUGUCGGGGCCGUCGACGCGGAGGCAGCCUGCACGCCCAUUGUCGCCAUCGCACCGCAAGGGGAGGAGGACACCGAGGCCGUGAAGGAACGCCUGAUAGACGAGUUAAUGGAAGGCGAAGAUGAGGACGACGAGGAAGGAAACGGUGGUGGUCAGUCGUCAAGCAACGAUCCGUGUGGCAAGAACGGAUCAGAGGAGGAGCAGGCCACAAAAGCGCCACAUUCGAGGAAGCGGAUAGAUGCAGCCGAUGGCCAAGCCACACGCGUGGAAUUUGAUGCGUUGCGUGAUUCCCAGAAUGAUACCGCGAAGACACUGGCUCGUCUUGAGUCACACGUACUGACCAUCAUCCGCCUUGGCGAACGGCGUAAGCGCAAGCGGGCGUCCACAAGUGCCGCAGCUUCGCUCGGCCGAGAAGCUUUGAAGCGGAAACGCCAGUCAGAUGAUGACGAAGAAUCAACGUGCGAUGAGGACGACUUGCCGGCGAAAGUGGCACGGCACGCGCGUCACGACAAGUCGCCAGUGCUCCAAACCGCCCUUGACAUCCUUCCAGUGGAGAAGGCUUGGAAGAUCACGGACGCCAUUGUCAACUGGGAGAAGCGCAAGGGGAAACUGCACAACUCUCCGUGCGAGAAUGGCGCUUCUGUGCAGAGGAUUCAGAAGCUGGCCUUCGAUGCCAUUGCGGAUGCAGUAUGCCGGAAUGAAGUGCCCUACGACGAGGAGAAGAAGUCCUGGAAGUGGGGCAGGCAUGGGCUCCGCCUUUCAUCUUGCGGCCUGGAAUGCCUCCUGGAAGAUGAAGCAGCCUCCGAAGACGAAAAAUAUGAGUCCUCCGCGUCGGAGGCAUCGGAUAGUGAAACAGAUGGUUGA